GGAGCGGCGCGGCCCGCGCCCUCCCCUGCCCCCGCGCACAGCCCGGCGCCCGCCGACUGACCGUGGAUGGCUUCGGCUAUUGCUAAGGGAAAAGGAGAAGAAAAAAAAAAAACAGAACAACAACAACAAAAAAAAAACCCAAACCGCCAAAGCCCUAACAUCGCCGUUGGAGAAACCUCCAAAGCCGGAGAUUUGGCUACUUUUUGCUUUUUCCACCCGCCCUUUUUUUCUGUUAUUAUUGUAAUUUUGUGCGAAAGGAAGUUAUGAACAACUGCAAGUCAGGAAGUGGAAAUCCACACCGGUUGUGACAAGCUGGGGCUAAAAACUAUUUCAUUAUUUAUAUAGAUGUGUCGAUCAACAUUCUGCUUUUCAUCCAAAGAAUAAAGGGAAAUACCGGCUUGUCCUAUGUUUGAUGGUGAAUGACAGACCACAUCUGAGAAAAGGAAGGACUAAAUAUAUCAGCUAAGAACAACACCGUUAUUUAUUGAACUCAGUUGACUUUUUUUUUCUGUUUUUAACCCAAAGACUGUUUGAGGAAAAUAUUUAAUGGGUCACUAAAAGGGGGAAAAAAUUAAAAGGCCCUCUUGCUUCUGAAGUGCAGCUAUCCUCAGAAUAGGAGCAGUACUCAUAAGACAGACAUUCAAAUUAAGGCUUUACAUGAUGAAUUUUCUAUCCUAUGGAUAUCAGUUUUGAGAUUACAAACCAAAAAGAUCUAUAAUUGAUCUAGCACCAGAUAAUUUCAAUGCCUAAUAUUCCCCAGGAUUGCUGGAGUACCCUAGGAGCUGCGUUGGACUGUAUUGGGUAUGCCAUGGGCUGUAUUCAGAGCAUUAGCUGCAAAUCCAAAGUUUUCCGGGAGAGUAUUUCAGUGAUUGACGUUAAAGCCUCUAUCGAUCCCAUUCCCACCAGCAUUGACGAGUCAUCCAGUGUGGUUCUACGCUACCGGACCCCUCACUUCCGAGCCUCUGCGCAAGUGUUGGUGCCCCCUAUUCCCAAGAAGGAGACCUGGAUCGUGGGCUGGAUUCAGGCUUGUAGCCAUAUGGAAUUUUACAAUCACUACGGGGAACAGGGAAUGUCAAGUUGGGAGCUUCCAGAUCUACUAGACGGUAAAAUCCAAGCCAUAAGUGAUUCAGAUGGAGUGAACUAUCCCUGGUAUGGAAAUACAACAGAAACCUGCACCAUUGUGGGCCCCACAAAGAAAGAAUCCAAGUUCAACAUUAGCAUGAACGACAACUUCUACCCGAGCGUCACGUGGGCAGUGCCCGUAAGCGAGAGCAACGUGGCAAAACUCACAAGCAUUCACCGGGAUCAAAGCUUCACCACCUGGCUGGUUGCAACCAACACAGCUACCAAUGAAAUGGUGACCUUGCAGACUAUCAAAUGGCGCAUGAGGCUGGGCAUAGAGGUAAAUCCCAGCAGACCCUUGGGGCAGCGUGCCAAGCUGCGGGAGCCCUCUGCUCAAGAGCAGCCCCAGGUCCUUAGCAAGAAUGAGCCAAUACCACCCAGUGCCCUUGUCAAACCCAAUGCCAAUGAUGCUCAGGUACUCAUGUGGAGGCCAAAGGAUGGACCACCACUUGUGGUGAUACCUCCAAAACACCGAUAAUAGCAACCUGACGUCCCGGCACCAGAAGGGAGAAAAACAAAACGCUUAGGUAUUAGAAUAUACACGUAUAAUCUGAGCAAAAUCAAAAUGCACUUUUUAUUCAUUCAACAGAAAUGCAACCAUUCUACCUUCUCCCAUUGGGACGGAUUUCACUGUGCUAAAGCUAAAGAGGAGACCUUUGAGUGGGGUCUGUCUCAUCACUGGAUUCCUAAGGGAAGAAACUAACUAACGUUAACGUCUGUCCGUAUAGCUUUUUUUCUUCCCUACUUUAGUUACUGUUUGAAUUUCAGUCUCAUUAGCUUGUCCAGACUGCCCAGAACAAUAAGAACAUUUUAUUUGGGAUUUUAGGAGUCUUUCUUUCUUUUUGGUUGAGAACAAAACAAGUUCCUGGAGCAAAAAGUUGACUAUUUAAGAUAAGGAAAUUUUUUUAAGCUGUAAAGGUUCUGAGUUGCAAAUCCAAGUCAUGCGGCCUUAUGUAGACUUUGCUUUGCAUUGCCAAACUUUUGCCUUAAAGCUAUGUUUGAAACAAACAAAAAUACCACCAGGCAGAAUGUCCUUUCUACAGAAUUUUUGGGAGAAAGUUUUGGAACAAGGAAUAGAUUGUCAGUGUGUUACAGGCUGAUGAAAAGGGCAUGAAAUUGGAAGAAGCAUGAUGAAAACAAAAUCUUCCUGGUUUUAAAACAUGAAACAAGGAAGCAUGGAAAUAAUCUCAGUUUCAAAGCAAUGCAACUGACAAACCUGUCACAGGAUGUCUUUUGAGUGGGAGCUACUAGGCCAUCUCCCUGCUUCACAGAAGGGAUAGUAAGCAAGCUUGUGCUGCUUACACUUGCUGAUCUCAGUCUGCCAUUAGCAUUAUAAUAUGGGAUAAUCUCGCAGGCAAAGGCAACAGCUAGAACUGCGGCCCUAGGAGUCAACAUAAAUCAAGAGGGAGGAUUUUCCAUUGUGUUUGCCUUUAGGAAAUGAAGACAUUUGUCUGCCCAGCUAGCCCACAGUCUCUCUUUCUCAUGGUGUUCACAGCUAAUGGCUCAUACACAGGCUGAAGUUCUGUUGCCCCUAAUUCCCAUAAUAUCCCAAUGAUGGUGCUGUAAGAAGAGCAGGAUAUAAAAAGGAUCCUUCUGAAGUCAUUGGAGAUGCAUGUGUGUAAGCAAGGGCAGAUUUUAUCUACUGAGUCUACCCAGCUAUAUGCAUAAUUCAGGAACAGCCAUGUCUGAAAAUAACAGGCAUCUAUUCCUAGCAAGCACUAUAAAAAAAGCUAUGAAAAACUCUCUUUCUUCCUAUGAUUAUAGAUCACGUUGGGUUUGAUAGAGACUUUUUCUCCAAAUGACCUCAUGAUCUACAUGACUUUCAGGAAUGGGGUACAGACAGGACCAUAGGUGAUACUGUACCUGUCUGGUUAUGGCACAAGUAUCUAUGUAGCAAAGGAUUAGGCACAAGAAGGGAAACACCUGAAUCUUGGGUGAAGACGCUCCAGUAAAUAAGGUACAUUUGGAGCAGGAGCUGGAACCUGUAGGUUUCAUUAAGGACCUUGUCCAGAUGGCUUCAGAGAUAACCAGAUGUAUUUCUUCAAAGGAAGGAGGUAUAGAAAAGCAGUUUGAAUGGGAGGGGCACAGUUUGCAGGCAGAGGAAGUUGUAGAGUGGAAGUGGCAUCUGGAGGACAGGGCACAGGAGAUCCGCUUGCUUACUCCAGGCACAUGGCCUGAGGCAAAUCACUUCCCCUUUCCUCUGCAGCUCUUUCCCCUUAGAUAACAAUUCUUCCUCUUAUUCACAAUUUGUCUCAAGAGUUAGGACUGAAGAGAGCUCAGCAUGCUACAUACAGGCCUGGCCCUGCUGAGCUGGUCUAAACAGGUCUUACAAUCACACACACACACACACACACACACACACACACACACUCGUUCAAAAGGCUCUCCUCUCUGAGUGACACGAGUUAGCUGCUAUUAUUACCUUCUUCUUCCACGUAGCAUCUUAGAAGCAAGAAAUUCUCCUUCCUCUCUUCUCCAAAGCCACACGCUUUGGCAACAGGUUCAACAUCAGCCCCCUGCCUGGGGACAGCAUACUCAGAAGAGAUGCCCUGCCAUGAGAGUCUCAAACCAGCAAACGGGGAUACUGGGUCCUGGCAACUGUAUUCCUCAAAUUCCAGAGAGACUGCCCUCCUCCAUGUACCGUUUCUCAGAGAUGCUCAGCCACGGCAGCAGGGAAAGGCCUGCUCUCUCUUCAGUGGGCAGAUCUCUGAGGCAGGAAGCCCAGUGUUACAAGCAGCUUGCAAACAAAUGGACUGGAUUAAAUCCAAAUCCACAAGCCAAAGGUAGCCUAAAUCUAGCCUUUGGGACUAUCAAGGAUGAAGCUAGGGAGGCUUUGACUUGCACAGUCACUCUCUCUGUUAAACUCCAUUUUCUCACGUGGAUUCAAAUUCUAACUACAGCUUGACUGGCACAGCCCCUUGGGACUUGCUUGUACUUUCUCCUAGGCAAUACAUGCAAAAGAGGACAAAAUUCAAGCUGCAGGUGAAUAACUGAUAAUACUUGCAUGCAUCUUAGCUACUGCUUAGAUGCACUUCUGGGCAGUCCCACAGGUGGGAGUAGAAGGGAUACUCAUGUCUGGUAUUCACUUUGUUUUCGGUGCUGAGUACUUACAGUUCUCACUGAUGUCAACCUGGGUUGAAGAAAUCAGACCCAGUUGUCUUAAUUAGUUGCACAAAGGAAUUCCAAGGAAAGAUUUCUUCUCAGUCACCAAAAAUCACAUUCAGGGAACACCUACGUCCUUUUCCACUUAGCUUUGUGUUGGACUUAGUCUCCCAGCACACUAAGUAAAUCUGGUUCCUCCCUAUUCCCUCAGGCUGAUGGACUGGAUGCAUCCAUGCAAUUUGAUACUAACCUCCUGGCUAAUUUGUCCUGUUGCACUGAGUAGAUCCAGCUGAGCAGUAAAUGUGAAAUUCAAAUUUCAUGUUGGGGUCAGCUUUGCAUGGACCUCUCCUUCCCUUCCCAAAGGAUGCCUUUAUCCCGUGCCUAGUGCAAAACAUACCCCUCCAUCUUGAUUCACUUUACCAGACAUCGCAUAGAAAAGUGACGCUGCCUCAUUUAAGAUUUCAUGCUUUGUGAAUAAAAGUGAUGUUUUUCCAAUGCUGCUUCAUUACAAAACUGACGAGGACAGAUUGACUGAACAUAAAAGGAACGAUGGCUGGAAGUGACAAGUGCUACAGACACCACUGUUUAUAUGGCUGGUUAAUAACUAUACAAUUAGAAUGGGGAUUGAUAAAGUCCCAGCUGGGACUUAAAUGUCUAGUGAUCCAGGGCAUCCUGCACUGAGUGGCUGCAGUCAACAGAGGUAAAUAAAGCUCCUUCUCUGUUAGUUUUUGGCAGCCAA